AUGUCAUCAGAGCUUGAAUCUCAAUCUGCUCAAUCAAAAAUCAAUUCAUUGCAAAAAUUAAAUUUGAAGUUUUUAGCUGAAAUUUUUGAGCUUAGAAAGGAGAAUGCUGAGGUCAAGGCUGAGAAUACAAAAUUGAAACAAGAUAAAGAAGAAAUCAAUACCAGAAAGUGCGAUACUGAAAAACUGACUGGAGGAAGGGAUUGUUUCUUCAAGAAAAUCCAACAAGUCAACAUACCUCCAUCAGAGCUGGCAGAUCCUAGAAAAUUUAAUAGAUUCCAAAAUGAAGAAGACCCUCUUGCCCUUAAUUAUCACCCAGCUCAGUUAACUGGUCUACCUGUCACAUUAUGUAAUGACAUCCUGGCUAAGUUCCAGGAUAAUGCUAAUGGUAGCAUUGAGUUGGUUGAAGAAGACAUUAAAUUCGUUCAGAACCUUUCAUAUGAGAUGUGCUCCAUUUUUCAAGAUGAGGCUGAGAGGACAAAUCAUUUCCACAAACUAGCAGGUGAAUAUCUUGACAAG